AUGAACCUGACUGCCGAGCCGAGCCUCUAUAUAGAACGAAGAAUCGCCUCGUUGGGGCCAAUCUGGGGUGCUCUGGGAACCGGCCAGGAGAGCAAGUUCCUGCGUCUAGUCGCUGAAGCCAAAGCCGCAGCUGCGAAGCAGCCGGAAGGAAGCGCACGCGUACAGGUGUACUUAGAUGCGUUGACUUUGGUUUUCUAUGCUAGAAAAGGGAAGACUACGGUUGCUCUUGAGCGAGCGGAGGUGCUGCUUCGUGAACACUGCACUCGGGCAGACGUCGAAACUGCUCUGGACUGGUCGAGCUUUUGGAUACUAUCGAUAGUGCUGCUUAGUCUGGUGCCAUACCUGCCCCGUGCUGUGUGCUUUCGAAGCCAAAGCUCGACUGUUGACCCGCACCAGGCAGCGACGCUGCGAAGCACGCUCACGGCGCUUGCAGAGCAACUCUCUGUACGGGCGCCCUACGAUCGAGGUGAAACCACACUGCGCUGUUUCGUGAUAGCCCUGUUGUGUCACAGGGCAGAGGUCGCACAAAAAAUUGCCUUGAGAUAUGUAAGAAUGUCCGGCAACGUAGCGAGCGCGGAUAGUUCGAAACGAGCGGCGGGAACAGGUACCGCGCAGCAGGCGUACCUGCUACUGCGGCACGUCUUAGCCUGCUUCAUUCCAUUGUAUGCCGCACGCAGACGUCUUCCGGAGGCACGUCAAGUGUACGGGACACACCCAGAGGCAUCCAGCUGCACGCGAGACGAGACGUCAACGCGUUUUCGUGUUCAAAUGCAGCUGAGUGAACAAUUGUGUCACAGGGCGCUAGACCUGCUCAGUACGCCUUUCGAGCGUGACUCGGGUACCAGAGUCGCCGCCGAGGCCUCGGAUACGCGCCCAGUGGCGAUGCUCGAAGACCGUGACGCGUUCGACUUUCUUUGGCGCGUCCUGGGGGCUCAUGGGCAUCUCAAGUGCUUCACUACAUGGCUAGACGACGCAGCUGAUGACGAGCGACACGCCCGCUACCUGCGACGUGUCCUGGUGGACGCCAAUGAGCGACGACGUAUGAUGGCGGACGCUUGCUAUGCAACGUGGCUCACGGAAGAGGCUGCGCAUGCAGCAGACAAGGAUGCCCUCGCCGAGAAGGCCGCCAGGUUGUAUCUGGAACUUGCGGAAACUUUGGAAAGCAACGUUGAUACCAGGUGCGCGCCUAUCGCGAGCGCUCUCGACUGGACGGCAUGGAAUCGUCUAAUUGAACUGCUCAGCGUUGAGCGAGUGGAAGCGGCUGACGCUUCCCGCUUAGAGCUGCGUCAGCGUUUCGAGCAGUUGCUGGAGCGCCUCCAACAUCGAUCCGGAUUGCUGGUGCGUCUGGCGUACAACAGAGCAAGCGCUACGUUAACAUGUUCGCUGAUUAUGGACGCAUUUGCUGUACUAGCGAGAUACGCCUGUGGCCACCUGGACAUGAUGCCAUGGGUGGCUGCGUUCUGUUCUCCCUCAUCAGCGUCAGGGACGUGGUCCGCUUCGGCAUACAGUGCUCUAAGGACUGCACUUCGGACGCGGUAUCCGGAUCCAGCGGCAUCGCGAACUCUAUCUUGGUCGAAGCCGCAGUGGCGUCUGCUGCUUCAUAGGAUAUGGGUGGAAUUCUGGAUGGACGCACUGAAUGCUGGCUCUGGUUCGGUUGAUGGACAAUCGGACGUUCCCCAAGAACGACUAGAGAAGCCGGCCCCGCUGGUGCUGCUCCAAUGGUCCCGCAUGAGUCGCGGCACCGGAGAUGUGCCCGAGGAUUCCAGCGCUUCCAUACCCAACGGUUUCCUGCUGCUUGCCGUUUUGUACCUUCUGCGGCAGGCUCCAGCAGAUCACGAUCUUCGACUUUCGCUCUGUCUCUUGCGAUACGGACUAGCGCACAAUCCCGAUGACUAUAUCCUGCGGAUCGCGAGUAUCGGUCUGCUGAAUGCGCUCGAUGCAUCCGGAAGCAGCUUGCUGGAAUGGCAUCUGCUUGGCUGCAAAUCCAUCCAGUAUGACAGCUUAGCGUUUCUGCUUGGAGACGGGGUCGAUAUGAUCCCGCCGUUCUACUUCGGUUUUCUGGGCGAUCGCUGGUCGAGAGCAUCAUCAUCAUCAUCAUCACCGCCUGACCGUUUAUCAGUACAAAUGGCAGCUCGUACGUACAUCGACGCGCAGCGGGCGUUGCUCGUAUCGAAUGUGACUGAAGGUGCCCAGGCUCUGUUGGAUGCAGUUCGUGGCAACAACAUCGAUACUGCACUGCACUUGUGGGAGCUCGUUGAUCGCAUCGAACGAAGCAUCUGGACCUGGGAUGCAAAUAUACACGCUGAUCUGUAUCAAUGGAUCAGAGUGGCAUGCGCCUCGGAUCGUGUCUCACCUGGGGGAGUGCUCGUGAGCAACGGGAGCCAGCGCACGACUCGCUUGAAUGUACGGAAGGAUGAGCACGCCGAAGAUAACGGUGCUUCGCGGCCGCAUCCGCUAGUUGUUGGAAUGGAGAGUCUGCAUCUGGCGGAUGCAGCGGCCGUGGCAGCGACUUCAUCCAUAACAUCGAAGCAGGAACCCACAGUACCGGACCUGAUCGACAAUAGCGACUGGUCCGUGGUGCGACUGCUCAUCCGACCCGAUGUCGGUGCGAAGAACCUGCGCCAGCAUGGCAUCCUCGAUCCGGGUCUUUUGCCGUGGAACAUAGAACCUGCACCGCACGCGAUACCGCACGAACGUUCGCUCUGGUCUCGCCUGUGGAUGUUGCUCGUUAUGGGCGCGCACGAGUCUGGUCUGGAUCGUGCAAGGCUCCAAAGUCUGUACGAGCAACUCGUCGCUACGAAUGAGGACGAAACAGAGAAGCUAGCGGCUUCUGGGCAUAGCACGGGGCUUGUCGCUUCUGAAUGGGCACGAUUUCUGGCACCCUUUGACUUUGGAUACCGACUUGUUGCACUACAACGUGAGUCGAAACGCGUUGCUGCUGCGCUUACGCGAGCACUCUAUGGAAUCGAUACCUCCGGUGCAUCGGAACACGAUCCGCUCUGGGCAGUUGAGCACAGGGUACUGCCGGUUCCCGUAACAGAUCGCUUGCUCUUCUGUGAGAUGCGCUUUCUCCUGGUUUUGGCGUUGUCUAGGCGCCUAUGGAUGCGGCUGGAGCGCGUUGACCCACUUGGGCAAGAGAACCCAUUUCCAAGAGACGCUGUGAUCAUCGAGCGUGUGGAGGAUCUUGCGCGUCAGUCGCGUGAGCGUCUAGCGCUAUUGGCGGAGCGUUCACCCGAAGCCUUGUACGCGGGAAAGCAGGAGGCGCAUGACUGUAUUGAAGACUUGCGUACCAAAGAGACGCGCGCUGCGGAACAGGUAGCAGGCUUUGCGCAAGCGCUUGGAGAUGCGGCGCUACUGGAGAAGCUCUGGCACGCUCUAGUGGACGAGAUCGCGCAGAAUCGUCAGCUCAAUCACGCCCUUCUACAGACACUUUGCCAAUGGGUGUUGAUGCUCAUCGGUGCUGAUACCGAGGUACCGUCUAGUGCCUCGUGUAGCGAUGAAUGA